UCCCCCAGGGUGGCCCGGGAUCGAGAGCUCGGGGGUCGAGCGGCUCGGGAGCGGGAGGUCCUGGGGAUGCGGAGGCCAGCUUGCCCGUAGAGCGCUGGGGUCUGGGGUGGAAAGGCAGUUGAGGGAUGCCCUGCAGUCGGCUCACCGCCGCUUCCUUGGGCGCGCAGAGCCACCUCGCAGGAGGAGGCGGGGUGAGGUGUCAGUGACACGCUGAGGUCUUCUUCGGAGAUCUACCAGGGCAGGUGGGAUGCAGCGUAGCGGGGAGCAGGGGCCGCCGGAGCUUUUCCCAAGGGAGCUUACUCUGUCGUCCCUCUCAAUCCCCGCAGAGUGCUGGAGAGAGACAGUGAUUUAUGUGUAGGGAGAAGCAAGAGAAAUUUCCUGCACAAUGUAUCUUUCUCUGCCUUCACAGACUCAGUGACUUCCCAGCCCCAGGGAGUGUAUUUUUCCUUCUCUUCUGUAAAGCUUUCUGUGGCUCGCAUUAUCAUUUACUAAAUACUUUAAAUACAUCGCUAUUUAUUUCCGCCUGCAGCUUCGGACCUUUGUUGCUUUCUCUCCACUUUUAGGAAUUUCAGUAAUAAAUCACCGAGGGGGAUAGAUAGGCUCCCUUGCCCUUCACUUUAUUGUUCUCCCCUAACGCCACCAAAUCAGGUGGAAGGCUCUGGGAGAAAGGAACUCUGCAGAAUGCCUGCCUUUUCUCAAGGGGACCACAGAAAGUGGCAGGUGUUUUAAGGGCAGGCUGUUCUCCAGUUGGGCUGUUGAAUUUAGGGGACCUCAUUAACAGAAAGACAGCCUUUGUGUCCUAAAUCAGACACCUUUGAAACAGAAGGUUGGACUAAAAGGUAACGUGAGAUUUUUGUCUAAGGCCAAAACCAGGAAUGCUGAAAGAGGCUGAGUUAAUUCAGAGUCCAUUCCUCACUGAUACUAUACCCCUUGGAUUCCCAAUGGACAUUUAGCAUAAGUCAAGAAGGUGGGUGGGGGCCGGAGAAGAGGUGCCUUAAUUUUAAUAUAAUUCUAGACAUUCUGUUACCUUUAAAUAACUCUUAGCUUUCCAGUCUAUUUUUAGAUGAAAAAUGUGGGCUACAGAUAGUUGAACUUAGGAUACGAUGAAAGAAAACCUUCAGAAAAUUUCAACUUAGUGUUAAACUCGAAAGAAUUCUUAGCAACUCAGGCACUGAAUACUGCAGUCUCUGUUAUGCACAUGUUGAAGUAAACUGCCACAUACUUUUAGUUAUAUGAGAAGGAUGGAGAAAACCUGUUUCAUUUCAGAAAGAUAUGCCUCGGGUGUGCGUUUGGCGGUGUGUAAAGGAGAAACAUUUAUAUUUCUAUAAAACGCACAAAUGUACAUUGUUUAAGUUUCUUGCAAAGACUCGGAUAUAGUGUUUGGGAAGUCUUUCUUUGAAUGGUUUAAUCACCUAGCAAAAUCAGUUGCUAGAGGUGCUGUGCUAUUGUUUGUGUAGUAACCCACUAGGGAUGCUUUGAUUGACUGCUGAGGUUCCCAUCAGCCUCUACUGUGCAAAGUACUUAAACAGCACAGACUUUUAAGCAGGAAGCACAAAGAACCAGAGGACCUGACAUACACUAAUCUUAACUUGUGUAGGUUGCUUCCUGCAUUUCCCUUACUUCUGGCGGACUUUGCAGGUGGCUUGACUUUUUGUGGAAGGCUUUAACUUCCCUUGGAGAUAGGACCCUCCCCUAUCCUCAGGGCAUAUAUAGAGCAGUGCCCAGGGAUAGAAACCUGUGUCAUAGGGCGGUGCUCCACCAGGGUCAGGUAAAAUUUAAUACUUGGUUCUUUUGCUUUCCUCUGGUUUUCCCACUUUGUGUGUGUACUCUCGUGGUUCUCUAGACAGUCUCUCUCUCUCUCUCUCUCUCUCUCUCUCUCUCUCUCUCUUUCUUUUCAAUGGCAGUAGGAUUUUUGUUCUCUUGGGAUUGUUUCUUUGGUAAACAUGUAGAUAAAAUUUGAUGACUGUUCUUAAGUAAAAUGCUAGGGAAGUGAUUUCAGGACUUAAACAAUAUCUUUGCGAAAUCAAAAAUAUAGACAAUAAUGGGUUAGAAAAUUUGUUGUUUCAAUGUGCGUUAAUAGUUAACAGCAUGUGAUCAGCAUCUCCACUAUGUAGAAUUAUAGCUAGGUCAGUACAAUUAUCUACCAGAUUGUCAUUCUUUAGCUCAAUGACAUUAAUACUUAUUAGAAACUAAUUAAAAUAGGAAUUUGAACUCUAACUGUACUUCUUUGAUAGAGUUGCUUUUAAUAUCUGGCUAUUUUAUUUGUUUGUUUAUGACUGGUGCCUUUUUCAAGAGGUUUUUUUUUUAUUCACCUAGAUUGAAUUAGAAAACGUUACACUGUUUUUAUUGACACUUUCAUAUUGUAUCCAAACAUUCCACUUGAUAAACUUUUGUUGUGUAGGUGGCCUGCUUCCCCUGUGCACAGGAGAGGAGGGCUGUAUUUGUUUACUGUUAAAAUUAAGGGAUGGGGCACAAGAAUAUACUUAAUGUCACUUUCAAAUACUGGGUUACAUUGAAAUGAAAAGCUGUGGGUUUUUUUUUUUUUUAUUGUUGUUGUUUUUAAAUCCUUCAAGUUUUCUCUCAUUGUUUGGGCACUCUCCCUCCAUUGUCAGGCUUAAAACAUACAGUAUCUUUGUCAUCUGUCCCUUGAAUAAUGGUCCUGAGGUGAUAUUAUUAAUGUGGCUUUUUAAAAUCAAACUAAUUAUACUGGCCUAAAAGAGCCACAUGUGUGUGAUUCUAGCUGCCUGGUGCCUUUUGAGAGCCCUGGAGACAAGCUAGUGAAUAGAGCUGAAAAUUCAUGCUGUAUUUGAUUAAAUGGAACAGACUCGCUGCUCCUUACCCCAGCAGGGGCUGUGAGAUCUCUUGAUCCCCGAAGCGGCUCCUAGACCCUGGGAAUUCCAUUAGCGAGCACCUGAGGAAUUUCUGCCCUGCAGUGCCUUUUUUGUAUGUGUGUAUGUGUAUGUGUGGAGAGGGAGCAGAUCUGAGUCGUGAAUGGGAGGGGGAGUUGAGGGGGCGGAGAGCAGGCUGCAUUAGACGGCUCCAUAUGUUAGCAGAUCUAAAAUCAAGGCAUGACUUAACAGCUUAUCUUGUAAGAGAAAAGCCCAACCCAAAGGCAGCCGGCACUGGGGACUUUAUUACAGGCAGGGCUGUGGUGCAUUAGCACUGAAGCGAACCCUAGUGUAAGUACAGAGAGGUGCUGCUUUCUGCUCUCCUUCUAAGUACAGGCGUAUGCCUAUUUGCAGCCUUGGUAAGUGUUUUUGAAUGCUCUUUGGAUAAAUAUGUGAACGUGUAUUACAGUGUGCUCUUGCCUGGAAGGGCCGGUGUGUAUUGUGUAAUAACUUAAAAUUUGAGAGCAAAGUCAGGCUUUUUAUGACAAGUCAUUUGCCUGUGCAGAAAUGAAGUGCUUGUUUGAAUAGGCAUAUUUUAGUUUAUAGCUUUGUUUCCAUAUGUUCUUGUUCUGUGUCUUUUUAUUAUAGAGUUUAAAUUCAUUUUCUCUCUCAUUUCUGUUGGCAUUUAAAACGAUUCUGUUGGCGUCUUAGUAUUUUGAGCCAUCGCUCUUCCGACUCUCUAGCAGCUCCAAGUAAAUGAAAAUAUAAUUUCCAAAACCAUUCUGGAACAGAUUUGUGGAGAAGCUUUGGUGUAUCUCCUUCUGCCUGCCCUGGGUGUACUUUGGAAACAACUUUUUUUGCUGAGUCCUAUCCCAGUUCACUUAUUGUGUGCCCUUUCCACAGAGGACUGGUUGUAGUUUGUGGGUGGUAUCGUUAAUUGAUUCUCAUCUUCUGGGAAUGUGAAUCACAAUGUGAACAGUUUUCAGCUCAUUUAGAAUGCAGUGGCAUGUUUGAUGGCUGCCGCGAUAUAUUUUAUUGCUAACUAAAAUCAUGUAGACAGUGCCGUUCUUUUCUUCCCACUCCCAUGUAUUCCUGUCGCAGGUUCUCACAAUACAACAUGUUACUCCUUUUCCUCUGACACCCCGGACACGCCUUUUAAGAAGUAGAUUAAACCCUGAAGUCAGUUACUGUUUGCCUUCACGGUUUAGUUGCUGUAUAAUAUAUUUUGAUGGCCAGAGAUAAUUAAAAAACAGACAAACAAAACACCCUCAUAGAACAUUUUGUUCUGCUGUAUGUGAGGUGGAAUCUGAGUAGGCGCUUUCAAUUCUUGAAUGCCAAGGAUGUGCUUUUUAAUAGAGAAAAAGAAUGUGUAAGCUGGUUACAUUAUUGAACCUAGGUUACACAUUCUACUCCUUUCCUUGACGAAGCUGUGUAGUUGAUUUUUAUUUUUAUGGCACUGUAAUAGAAAUUGAAUUAAGGGGUUGACAUGGAACUUGCUUCAGUCUACUCCUCUUAUUGUUUAUUUGAGCUUAGGCCAUGGGCUUGACCUAGCCUUGGAUCCUUUAUCUGUAAAAUGGGGAUUAAAUGGAUAGGAUAUCUUCCCUCCGUGGGAUUAAAUGAGUAAGUGAAAUGAGUAAAACAUUUGGCAGAUAGUAAAACUUGUAUAAAUGUUAGCUGCUGUCAUUUUUAUUGAUUCCUCCUGGGCCUGUUUGUGUGCUUCUUUGGUCUAAAAGUGAAUGCUUUCAAGUUCUAAAUAAAGAGGAAGUCUUGUAAGUUUGUAACAAUGUGUCCCGUGUAAUCGCUACAACUUCAUCUGUUGAUAUUUCUUCAAUCUCCAUUUGAAACUUAGAAAGCAGUUGGAAACAAUGAGUGGAGCUUUUUCCAAUCUAGGCUAACGUCCACACUAGGGUACACCCCUGAAUGCAGCAGGUAGCCAAAUGAACUUGAGCACUCACCUGUUCCAUCACUAGCGAUCCAGUUGCAUUCACUUUGCCUAGGAAGGCUCUCCCUCAGCCUUCCUCUCCCGCUGCAGGCUCCAGCUAUGCAGAUCAGUCUUGCCAUAGGAUCAUUUUGCCUGUUCUUGAACUUGGUGGAGUAGAGUCUUAAAGUGGUGGCAUUCCUGAACGAGUCCUUCUGCCUGUGCGAUUUACCCAUGCUGUUGUGUGCAAUUCUUAUUCCUGUGUUUCAAGUUGUUACGGUCUUUGUGUGUUUUGAAAUUUCUUUUAUUGGCACUUGGGGUAUAUGGUCAUUGGCAGGACAAAAAAAAAAAAAAAGAAUAACAUUUCUUCACAUAUUAUUAGAACCCAGUGGCUAUUUUAGAAAAAAUAACCAUGGCAUCCUUUUUUUUUUUUUUUUUUAGAUGUAAAACUGAGUUGGAAGUAACUCAGUUAUGUUUGUUUCCAGUUCCAUAUACCAAGUCCUUUCAUAAUACAUUUUCUGUCUCUGUCUCUCUCUCUUUUGGAGGUAAAGGAAGGGCUUCAAGAUAGAGAGAAGGGAGUGUAUGAGAUAGCUUAUGAUUUUCAUGUUUGGAAUGAAGUUUACUGAUCAAUACUUAGAAUUUGGUAGGAAUAACGACCAGCUCAACUAUAGUGUCCUCUCGUUGAGUUGGAAACGUAACUGCAGACUGUUUAUACACACAUAUACACGGCUUUGUGUGCAGAUACUGCUCUUUGAUUUAAGAGAAAGUCUAUCAGAAAUUGAGGGGAGUAGAGCAAAGAAGCUCUGGUCCAGGGAGACAUUGAAGAACAAGGCCACACAGUUCUGUUGUGGAGAACAGUUUUACCCAGUCUGAACAAUCACUGUACAUCGAGACUCUCUGUUUAUGUGCGUUGAAAUUCCUUAAUAUGGGGAGUGAAAUUUAUCUCACAAGGAGUAAAACAAAAAGUAGAGUGAUAGUGAUGGGUAUAAAGUUUUUCUGUUUUGUCCUUCUGGGUUUUUUUUUGUUUGUUUGUUUUGUUUUUGUUUUGUUUUGUUUUCCAAAAUUUGUUGGGGACUGUAGUUGAUAUGAAUAGUUUGUACUAUGUUAUUAGAAAUGUUGAUCGAGGGUUUUCUGGAUGGUUUGCUUGGACAUUUGCCAACCUUUCCCCCUCAGGAGACAUUGUAUUUUUCAGCAUUAGUAAGUUUAUUAAAUCUUUCUAUUCAUAGCUCCUUGACACAGGUCAUUUUUCACGGACAGUCAUGGGUAGAAAAGGAUCCCCCUGACUCCCAAGGAGCCCAUUAUGGCCAGGGUGUCAUUAGAUCUGGGGACAGCUGUAGUGGCCAUGUGUGACUCAUUUAUUUAAAAUUAUGUUUUAGAGUCAUUUUAUGUUUUUGGAAUAUAAAUGUUUUGCUUGGAUGUAUGUAUGUAUGUGCCCUUGGAGGAGGUCGUAGAUCUACUGAACUAUAGUUAUCAAUGGUGCCUGUGAACUACCAUGUGAGUGCUGGGAACACACGCAGGUCCUCUACAGAAGCUACAAGUGCCGUCUCUCCAGCUAUAGCUGUCUGAGCUGUCUCUCCAGCCUACAUCUUUUCUUGUAGGGGCAAUUAUAGGUGUAGAUCCAUGUGCAGCAUGCUGUUUGAAAGGCUGUGGGUCCUUCUGGACUGUUCUAAUUGUAUAAAACGUCUUUUUUUGUGAGUGAGAGACUGGAUCAGUGACCUCUUAGAGCCUUUGUGCCAAGGUUCCAUGAAAUAGGUUUUCAUGGUAUAGCUGGGCCAGAUACUUGUCAUACUAUGAUUGCAAAGGGGGAAAUGUAUCCUGUUCCCAAAUCAAUACAUUUCCCCAAACUAACCCUGGCAUAAAAUUGAGACUGCUUCUACUUGGCCUGCUUUUUGCAUUUCAAGUGAGAUUCUUAAAGUAUUAGUAACUAGUAUGUCAGUUAUUCUUCCUGGCUUUAAAAUAAUAUCGCAAUGAUUUAAUUUACAGUAAUCUAAAAGAAAUAUUGUAAGGGAACAUAGGGAACCACAGGGGUCUCUGGUACACCUGUAAGUCAGCCUCAGCAGUGUACUGAAAUACAGUCUUUAAAAACAAAAUGAAGGAGCUGGAGGGAUGGCUCAGUGGUUAAGAGCACUGACUGCUCUUCCAGAGGUCCUGAGUUCAAAUCCCAGCAACCACAUGGUGGCUCACAACUAUCUGUAAUGGGAUCUGAUGCCCUCUUCUGGUGUGUCUGAAGACAGCAAUGGUGUAUACAUACACAUAAAAUAAAUAAAUCUUAAAAAAAAAUAAACAAAUGAACAAAAAUGGAGAUAAAAUGGGGUUUUCUAAUGCUUGGAGUUAUCAGUAUCAAAACUGAUGGUACUUGGCAGAUACAGAAUAUCUGUAUUUCGGUCAGUCUACUUGUUACGUAUUUGCUCCUACAAAUUAGACGUAAAGAGUAUCAAAUACUCCUCUUGUUUUUCUAGCAUCCAAAGUUCUCUAAACUUUAAUUUCAAGGGAAAGAAAGGGGAAGAGGCCAGAGGUCAGGCCCAGUGAUGUAACAGCAACAAAACUAUGUGGGCUUGGCUGGGGUCACACACAGUUACUCUUCACUGGGUGUAACUCCUUCUACAAAAUGGCAUUUUAUGUUAUUAAUUGGUCUUUAGAAGAGUUGGCAGUUCUGUGUGAUCUUGAAUCAUCGAAGUAAUAUUUUUUCUUUUAUAAAACAGGAAAGUGUAUUCAGUUUUUACUCUUAAAUUUAAUUGAUGAUGAUGGUGGUGGUGGUGGUGGUGGUGAUGAUGAUGAAGAAAAUGGUGAUUGCAUGUGAGUAUCUGUGAAUUCUGGGAUGGAACCUUAGUCUCCAGGUUUGCUCUGCCAUCAUUUUGAUCUGCUAAGCCAACUCCAGCCCAAAGACAGUUCUAUAUUUAUUGUGUGCACAUAGCUACCCUCCCUCCCUCCUCUCCACUCAUGCUCUUUUCUCUGUGGGUAUGCCUUAUCUCUCCAGCUCCAUUCCCAAAAUCAGGAGGGGGAAUAAAAAUAUAAGGGGACCCCCCCAAUAAAACCCCCAAAGAAAUAAACUUCACGACCCUUUCCUAAACAGUUACUAGCCUAUCACCAUGUUCCUGUCUUCAAACAGUCUAUCGUUUGCUUAUGAUGUUCCUCAACCCUACGUUUGACCACGUUCCAGCUCCCAGUUUUGUGUCUGUGACUAUGCCAGGCUUCAGGAUCUCUUUCCCCUCCCUUUUCUGAGCCAGGGUCUCUCAUGUCCUAGGCUGGCUUCAAACUCACAGACUUCUGAUUUCCCUACCUCCACCUCCCAAGUGAUAGAAUUGCAGGUAUGUGCUAUUAUGCUGGGCUUAUGGGGUUUGUAUGACUACUAGGCAAGCACCCUGCCAGCUGAGCUAACUUCCUUAGCUUGGCGACUAUCUUAACACCCUGUAAUUGUGUACAGUGCUGUCAAACUUGCCCUGUAAGGACAAUAGAGUUUUCCCCCACCAUUACCUGUUCUCACCCUACUGACUGUGCCCUGAAAACCCCGAUGCACAUUUGAAUUCUUGGGCAAAUUCUAGUUCGAAGGUUUGCUUGGACCCUGAGGAAGCUAACCUUAUCUGUGGGUUAAUUCAUUAAUAGAAUGGGUUCUUACAGAGAGGGCUAGGAGGAGGCAGGGCCUUGCUGGAGGAAAGUAGGUCACUGGGACAUGCCCUUGAAGAAUGUAGUUCUUGGGCUCUACUUUUACCUCUCCUCUGCUUCCUAGCUGCUUUGAGAUCACAGACUCCUGUGCCAUAGGCAUCGACUGCUGAGUUCUGCUUCACAUCAGGCCUGUGGAAGUGAAGCUGGUCACCAUGGACCAAAACCUCUGAACCAUGCACCAGAAUAAGCUGAGGCCUGAGCUUUCUCGGAAAGUCUUCCCAGCCUACUUCUGUAAUUGGGCGAUAUGCAUCCAGACCUCGGACCCUUAUGGAAACUGCUGUAUGUUCUUGUGAUUCUGUGUUCUUCUGUGAGCUCAGACUUGGCACCUUAUUUUAUUUCUGAGCCACUCUCUGCUGUCCAGAAGCUUGGCAGACCCGUGGUCCUACAUUGUUCUGCUAAACCUGUUACUGCCCGAAUCUCAUGGUUGCAUAAUGGAAAACGAUUGGACAGAAACACAGAACAGAUAAAGAUCCACCGGGGGACUUUGACCAUUCUGUCUCUCAACCCUUCCCUUUCUGGUUGCUACCAGUGUGUGGCCAACAACAGUGUUGGGGCUGUUGUCAGUGGCCCUGCCACAGUGUCCGCUGCAGCCCUGGCUGAUUUCGAUUCAUCAACAAUGCAUGUUAUUACUGCAGAAGAGAAAAACACGGGUUUCAUUGGCUGCAGGGUACCUGAGAGUAACCCCAAAGCUGAGGUGCGCUACAAGAUCCGGGGAAAGUGGCUGAUGUAUUCCACAGGGAACUACAUAAUCCUUCCCUCAGGAAAUCUUCAGAUUUUGAAUGUAUCCUCGAAGGAUAAGGGAUCCUACAAGUGUGCUGCCUAUAAUCCUGUCACCAGUGAACUGAAAGUUGAACCCGCUGGCCGGAAGCUCCUUGUGAGUCGUCCUUCCUCGGAUGGUUUUCACAUUCUUCACCCUGCUCUUUCUCAGGCAUUAGCUGUCCUUCCGCACAGCCCUGUUACCUUGGAGUGUGUAGUGAGUGGGGUCCCCGCCUCACAAGUGUAUUGGCUGAAGGACGGGCAGGAUGCUCUGUCAGGAAGCAACUGGAGAAGGCUGUACUCUCACCUGGCCACAGCUAGCAUCGACCCAGCGGAUUCCGGGAACUAUUCCUGUGUGGUGGGCAACAACAGGUCCGGAGAUGUUAAACACGUCACUUACACAGUCAACGUACUGGAGCACGCUUCAAUUUCUAAAGGGCUGCACGAUCAGAAGGUGUCCCUGGGGGCCACCGUACGUUUUACCUGCGAAGUUCACGGGAACCCAGCCCCCAACCGCACCUGGUUUCAUAACGCACAGCCCAUCCGCCCCUCCUCACGGCAUCUGACGGAAGGAAGUGUUCUGAAGAUCACCGGGGUCAUCAUGGAGGAUUCUGGGUUGUAUCAGUGCAUGGCAGACAAUGGGAUUGGAUUUAUGCAAUCUACUGGAAGACUUCAAAUUGAACAAGACAGUGGACAGAGGCCUGUCAUAGUCACCGCCCCAGCAAACGUAGAGGUGACGGACGGAGACUUCGUGACUUUGUCUUGCAAUGCCACAGGAGAGCCUGUCCCGGUCAUUCAUUGGUACGGCCGCCAUGGAUUGAUAACCAGCCAUCCAUCUCAGGUCCUUAGGUCCAAAUCUCGAAAGUCCCACCUCUUCCGACCUGGGGACCUGGACCCGGAGCCUGUCUACCUCAUCAUGUCCCAAGCGGGCUCGAGCUCUCUGUCCAUCCAGGCAGUGACUUGGGAGCAUGCUGGGAAAUACACUUGCGAAGCUGUGAACAAACAUGGCAGCACACAGUCAGAAGCGUUCCUCACAGUCGUUCCUUUUGAAACAAACACAAAGGCAGAGCCAGUCACACCCUCCGAAGCUUCUCAGAACGAUGAACGAGACCCACGAGACGGUUCAGAGUCCGGCUUGCUGAACUUGUUUCCAGUGAAGGUGCAUUCCGGUGGAGUGGAAUUGCCAGCAGAGAAAAAUGCCUCUGUCCCCGAUGCUCCUAACAUACUGAGCCCCCCACAGACCCACAUGCCAGACACAUACACCCUGGUGUGGAGGGCGGGGAGGGAUGGCGGAAUGCCCAUCAACGCCUAUUUCGUGAAGUACCGAAAGCUGGACGACGGCAGUGGUGCGGUAGGCAGCUGGCACACGGUUCGCGUCCCAGGGAGUGAGAGCGAGCUGCAUCUAACCGAACUGGAGCCUUCAAGCCUUUAUGAAGUUUUGAUGGUGGCCAGAAGUGCAGUCGGCGAAGGACAGCCUGCCAUGCUUACCUUCCGGACCAGCAAAGAAAAGAUGGCAUCAUCAAAAAACACCCAGGCGUCCUUUCCACCUGUGGGCAUCCCUAAGCGGCCUGUAACUUCGGAGGCUUCCAACAGCAAUUUUGGAGUUGUGCUUACGGAUUCCUCUAGGCAUAGUGGAGUCCCAGAGGCACCAGAUCGACCUACUAUCUCGAUGGCAUCGGAGACCUCAGUCUAUGUCACCUGGAUUCCCCGUGCAAAUGGCGGCUCUCCCAUCACUGCCUUCAAGGUGGAAUAUAAGCGGAUGAAAAGUAGUGACUGGCUGGUGGCUGCUGAAGACAUCCCUCCUUCCAAACUCUCUGUGGAAGUCCGGAGUUUAGAGCCAGGUUCGAUAUACAAAUUUAGGGUCAUUGCUAUCAACCAUUACGGUGAGAGUUUUCGGAGCUCGGCGUCCCGUCCCUACCAGGUGGCUGGCUUCCCAAAUCGCUUUUCCAAUCGCCCCAUAACUGGACCUCACAUCGCAUACACAGAGGCUGUCAGCGAUACUCAGAUCAUGCUAAAAUGGACGUAUAUUCCAUCAAGUAACAAUAACACUCCCAUUCAAGGAUUCUAUAUCUAUUACCGGCCAACAGACAGUGACAAUGACAGUGAUUACAAGAGGGAUGUUGUGGAAGGUUCAAAGCAGUGGCACACCAUUGGUCACCUGCAGCCAGAGACCUCCUAUGACAUUAAGAUGCAGUGCUUUAAUGAAGGAGGAGAGAGUGAGUUCAGCAACGUGAUGAUCUGCGAGACUAAAGUGAAACGAGUUCCCGGAGCAUCGGAGUAUCCCAUGAAAGAGUUGAGCACUCCUCCCAGUUCUUCAGGGAACGGAGGGAACGUGGGGCCUGCAACCAGCCCUGCCAGGAGCAGCGACAUGCUGUACCUCAUCGUCGGCUGUGUGCUUGGGGUUAUGGUCCUCAUUCUUCUGGUCUUCAUUGCACUGUGUCUGUGGAAGAGUCGCCAACAGAGCGCCAUACAGAAAUAUGAUCCUCCAGGAUAUCUCUACCAGGGGUCAGAGAUUAAUGGGCAGAUGGUAGAGUAUACCACUCUCUCAGGAACAGCCCGGAUCAAUGGGAGUGUUCACGGAGGCUUCCUCAGCAAAGGCAGUCUCAGCAAUGGCUGCUCUCACCUCCACCACAAAGGCCCCAACGGAGUCAAUGGGAUCCUGAAUGGAACCAUAAAUGGGGGGCUUUAUUCUGCACACACCAGCUCCCUAACCAGGACGUGUGUGGAGUUCGAACAUCCUCACCAUCUAGUGAACGGUGGAGCAGUGUACACGGCUGUCCCUCAGAUGGACCCACUGGAAUGCAUUAAUUGUCGGAAUUGCCGGAACAACAAUAGGUGUUUCACCAAAACCAACAGUCCCCUUCCUGUGGUCCCAGUGGUAGCCUCUUAUCCUCAGGAUGGACUGGAAAUGAAGCCCCUCGGUGUCAUGAAGUUCCCAGUGUGUCCAGUUUCCACAGUUCCUGAUGGUGGCCAGAUACCUGAGGAGUGCCUCAAGGACAGCGUGGCACCAGCACCUACCCAGCGUACAUGCCGCCAGGACAACACAAGCGACAUCAAUUCUGAUUCCACAGAAGACACAGCAGAGUUCAACAGAGGAGACAGCAGCGGUCAUUCAGAAGCAGAGGACAAAGUUUUCAGUUGGAGUCCUCUUAUUUUAUCACCUGUCUUGGAGGACUGCAGUGAGAAGACAGCGUGGUCUCCUCCUGGCCCCCCUCUAGACGGGCUGUCAGUGGUCCUUCAGCAAGCCCAAGAGACCUGAGAGGAAUGUGAGCAGGCCUCCCACUGCAAGCCAGUAACUGCACCACACAGGCCUGGGGACAAACUGUGUGAAGGACAUUAAUUCAAAUCAGAGAAAACCAUUAUUUAUUUUUUGGUAGUAGUAAUGUCAUGAAUGUAUCUUAAAAUGUGCGCCCUUUUAUAUUAUUUAUGCCUUAUGUUUUCCCUUCCCCAUUUCUUCCUCCCCCUAUUUUUUUUUAAUGCAGAGUUUUUUUAAUCGUCUGGAGAGCAGGGGAUCAUUCUGUGUCUUCUGGGGCCUUCAGUUGGCAGGCUUCCAUCUUCUGGCCUGUUCAGUUGUGGGGAGAGGAUUGCCCACGCCAUUUCACAUUUGUCACCAGUCGUUCCUAGAUGGAAAAACUGUUACCUCUCCCAUGUCGUCAGACUUUUGGGAACAUUUAAAAAUCAACCAUAGUUGUGAUCAUAUGUUUAUAAUAGCCAACCCAGCUGACACACUUUUGAGUACCUUCCAGAAAAAUACUAAUACUGACUUAUUUUCUCUCUGUGCCUGGGUACAAGUAGCGAUCAAUCUUCUAGGUAUCAAAUUAGCCAGUGUUGUUAUGAACACAGAAACAUGUAAAGUCUGUUUGGAUUAUUGUAUUAUAUAGAAAGGGAACCAGAUUCAGAAGGAAAAGUAAUGCCUUCAUGGUCCACUGCUCCUAUUAUCUUAAUUUACAAAAUGGCCACCACGAGUUCUUCGCACUACUUGCAGAGGUAUAUAAUAAAUACAAAAGUAAGGCCUUUAAACUGAUAGUUUGAAGAGAAGGAUAUUACAUGCCUCAAGAAAGAGGAGGGCUGAAGGGACCUCUAAGUGAAGCUCUUCCCUCUGUCCCAUACUGCUUGUGGUGUUUACACUACCUGAAGGCUGACAUUUUUGUCACUUCCAGUGUUGACAGUAUCCUGGGGGAUCUGAGUGAGCAUGUGUGACUCAGCCUUCUGCCACUAGAGCAGAAUUCCUGAGGUGAUUGUCUUAUAACACAGGGUUAUCUUGACUCCCAGUUUUAGAAGUUCUAGUUUGUGGCUGAAUAGACCUGUAGCUUUGGACCUGUGUUGAGGAAGCAUAUCAUGGUGGGCAUGCAUAGCAAAGCGAAAUAGCUUAAACCGUAAAUCGGGGGGGGGGGGGAGCGGAGUGUUCAAGGCUCCACUGAGAGCACGCCUCAAUGGUCUGACAACCUCACACUCCUCCCUCUUCAAGAAUCUGCCACCUCCGAAACAUGCUGCCGUGGGAAUCAGACUUCGGACACACAGAUAGGCUUUGGAAGAUAGUAUCCAAACUGCAGCAGAAUGUCAGGGAAGGCUUAGCUGUGAGAGAGGGUUUAAGGGCAUUUUUCUGACAGUCUUUCUGGCCGCCAUCACUAUGAGCAGUAACCCUGGCUUCAGUCAGCGGGGUUCACGCAGUCAGUUACUGUUCUCUGAGCAACAAGAACAUUGCAGCUGUCUUUGGAAGGCUUACAUGCAUUUCAACAGCUUGAACCAAGCCCUAGUGGAUCACAGAUCUGCUUUUGAAUGGUGUAUCCCUUAGUGGGGCAGGGGGAAGGGAACCAACAUUAUUUCUCUUUAUGCGGAAUCAAACAAUUCCAGGAUACGUUUUGUUUUCGUUUCCCGCAAAGCGAAAGAGAAUACGGUACUGUACUGAUCAACUCUAUAUACAUGCGUCAGUAUUCCCUUACAUAUGCCUGUGUCUUUUAUAAAUAGAACUGCUAGUGGGAGUGUGAGCUGUUUCAGCAGAGCCACUGCGCUAGAGUUCCUUCUGUAAAAUUGCAGUAAAUAGAAUUCCAUAGAUGGGUAGCGGGGUGCUAUAGAAGCAAGUUCUAUGAUCCUGGGGUUCAUGGCCAUAGUGUAAAACAUCCGCAAUUAGUUUUGGAGGUGCUUAGCUGUAGCCUUACAUCUUGACUUGCCAAGGAUGGCGUAGAGACCUACUGUGCGCUUUGCCAGUUGAGUCGGAACUAAGCCGUCUCGGAGCAGGGCGUUUAGGAAAGCAGGAAGCAAAUGUCCGUGGGCAAUCAGUUGUUCACUGAGACUCAUGAAACAGGUAGGUCGGCACGAGCCUUGGGUCAGAACUGCUUUUAAAGAUUGAGUUUGACGUGGGGCUUGCCCAUGAGGAUGAUAAAAUUCCCUUACCUUUAGGGCAAUCUCAUUGUGGACUGCUUUAUUUAUGAUUAGUAACGCUGUUUUAAGUGUUAACCCUUUUAUUGUAUUUUAUUUAUAAAAAAUGGCUUUAUAUAUUGAGAUAUAUAAAAUAUAAAUAUAAAUCUAUAUAAUUGCCUUUAUAUUUAGGAGUUUGAGUUCUCCUUAGUGUGAGUUUCUGUGAACUUUCAUGUUCUGCACAGUCACCAGAAAUGGUUGUAGCAAGUGUCACUUCCCCGGGAAUCAAGAGGACAUAGGAAAAAUGUGUGUGGGUGGGUGUGGGGGGGUCACCAGUCAUUCCUACGUGGAAUGGCAUGCACUUGUGGAGGGACAAUUGUUUAUUGAGUUCCCUGUUUAUUACUGUUAUCUCAUCUGACCCCCACAGCAAAUAGACAGAGUAGGCAUGAAGUUCUCAGCCCAUGAGUGAGCUAGAGCCCGCACUGGAGCCCAGUUCACCUGUCCCGUCACCCAUGCCCCAUUUACCUGCUUUCUGGAAGUGUUAUGGUUCACCCUCCAUGGAACCAGUCCAGAACGUGUGCAUUGUCCACCCCUGCUGCGAACUUUCUCUGUGAGGCUCCAACUGCAGCUGGUGGGGCUUCCCUCUGUCCACCCUCAUCCCAAACUGACAGGGCUCUUACCAAGUACAUCAUCUUCAGGAAUCUCUCUUUGAUACCCUCCCCUUACCCUCACCCAACUCCUACCCUCUCCUAACCCUGUGAACAUUUAACCUUCAACUGGCUCACUGGCCAUGAACCUGGUAGGGGCCUCUUCAUGUAUUGGGUGAGUCUUCCUUUAGCGUUAAACUUCCCUAGGCCUAGUAAAUUGUGUCACCUUUCCCUGGUUGUGUUCACCAAUUACGUAGCCGACUCUGGUGACAGGUGCUAUACAGGGUAUAGGUUAAUUGCGUCACUCUAAACCGUUGAGGUGAUCUCACUGUUGAACGGUUUUUACUGGGUUCUCUUUGUACAGUUGUUAUUCCAGGCUGAUGACGUCACUUCUCUGUGUCAGCCCCAGCACUACCAGGAAACUGUGUGGAACUGUCCUUUACCUGUAUUGCUCGCUCUGACCGUGUUGACCCUGAGAUGCAUGUUUUGUACUAUAUUGAAAAAAAAUGUUUAUUUUCCUUAAAGUUGUGCUAUUAUGUGUGAAAUUGUACAUACUCUAAGUGAUGUAGUUUUGACCGGUUUUAUUUGGUUGACAUGAUUUUAUAUUAAAAGAGAAUGCUGCUUUCA